AAGAAGCAGAAGAAGCUCUUUUUGAAAUGUGUUAAAUGAAUGCGCUGAGCUAAUAAAUAGCUUAUUAAUUGUUUAAGCUGAAACUAAACUUUCUUUUUUUUUUAAAACAAGUCUUAUAGCUUACUGUUUGCGGUGAUAAUGUCAGGGAUUCCUCCAGACACAUGGCAGCCGCCUACAGUGGCUUUGGAGACAACGAUGGGGACUGUUGUGGUGGAGCUGUACUGGAAACAUGCUCCAAAAACCUGCAAGAAUUUUGCAGAGCUGUGCAGAAGAGGCUACUACAACAACACCAAGUUUCACCGGAUCAUAAAAGACUUCAUGGUGCAGGGAGGAGAUCCCACAGGAACAGGUCGAGGUGGUGCCUCCAUAUAUGGCAAACAGUUCGAAGAUGAACUAAACCCAGAACUAAAAUUCACGGGUGCCGGGAUUCUGGCGAUGGCCAAUGCAGGACCGGACACGAAUGGAAGUCAGUUCUUCCUCACCCUCGGACCCACUCAGUGGUUAGAUGGAAAGCACAGUAUUUUUGGAAGGGUGUAUCAGGGGAUGGGAGUGCUGAACCGGAUUGGGAUGGUGGAGACAAACAGUCAAGAUCGUCCAGUUGAUGAUAUCAAAAUUCUCAGAGCUAAUGUAUCCAAUUAAAUGAAACUUGAUUUUCUUUUUUACAGUUUUUUUUUUAAAAUAAACAUCUUUAUAAGAUGUAAAUGUGAGUAAAACUUGUGUUGUCUC